UUUUUUCUUCCGCUUUUACUGCCUCCGAUCCGACGACACCGAACGUCGUCGUUCUUCUCGCGGUUUCCGAGUCGACGCACGUGCCCCCGCUCGUGCGAAUACUGUCGGCGGGCACUUGGCACCUCGUCGUGCACGGCGAAGUGCGGGGAGGGGGUAGUUUUGAUGACGGCAUGUGGCGUACGUGUGACCGCGGUCUCUGUCGCACACCCAGUACUGGCUCUUGCGGUUCCUCUUCGGAAAAACUCCUUAGCCGACCCGAAGACUUCUGACUUGUACGGUUUGUCUACCACCUAGUCUCGUGUUCGUGACUCACGGGGUGCCGCGUGUUAAGUGUCACGAAAAAGUUUUUGUUGUCCGUAAGCGUAUCCCGAUGUUUUGCUUUUUUAAUAAAAAUUUUCCGAAAUCGUUUUACAUGCUUCGUUUCUGAUGGACAAUUUUUUUUGUGGAAUUUUCCGAUGUUCACUGAUUCUGCAACCGAUAUCAAAAAUCGAAGUUUUCUAGACCAAGUUUCGAGCCUGUCUAAAAGUUUCUGUUAGAAAUACUGUGCUAUCGGUACAGCAACAAAACUUACAAUCAUCGACGUCGGAUAAAAGUUAGAAGCUAAUAAUGAAGGAACGUUUUCGCAAACAAAAAUUUUUAAAGAAUUUUGGCCUCCAACCAAAUAAGAGUACAAGAAAUGCUGAUCAAGAAGAUGGAAGUACUAUUUGUGAAAGAGUAAGUUUUUAUUACUAUGAUGAUAGUGCAAAAGUGAUAUGCCGUGGUUGUUAUAAGAGUUUUACAACAUGGCUAAAUUUUAGAAAACAUUUUAAUACACUGUCAUGUCACACAACUGAAACUAACUAUAAGCUUAAUACUUAUAAUGAUGUUUAUAAAAAAUACAAAUUGAGGAAAGCUAAGACUAAGAAAAAAAUUAAUGACAGUUUAAGUGCUGCUCAACUUAUGGAUCUUGAAACUCUGAACACUCGCAAAACAAGAAAAAGAUGUUAUACCAAUACUAGAGUAGUAGUGAAUAACAUUUCAAAAUCUGUAUCAGACUCUGGUUCCACGAGUUCUGAUAAAACAGUCAAGACUAAGAAAGAAACUCUUGAAAACUGUAUUAGUAGUGAUGAAAGUGUUGAAGAAAUGAAACCAAAAUUAUUCAACAACAACAUUGUUGUUAAAGACAUUCCAAGUAGUACAAAAACUAUUACUCCAAAUCUACCUCAAGACAAUCAGACGCUAACUAUUAAAACAGAAUGGAAUGGUGACAUAUCUUCGGUAUCUUCAGACAACCAGUCAACGAGCUCAGCUCAAAGCCUUCAGAACUACGAAUCUAGGGAAAAUAUGGAUUUAAAUUAUCAAUAUGUCUGUGUUAUUUGUGAUAAACGAUUCAUAAGUAAAUGUUUACUUACUAUGCACCAAAUACAGCAUAUUAAAUCAGAUCGCAGUAGUUACGGAGUUUUUAUGGCUGCACUUGCACGGACUGUUUGAUUUGUUUUUUGUUUUUUGCCAUGACAAACAUCAAUAAUUGAGUUUUGAUAAUUAAGAGAUAACUAGUCCCUAAAUAAAGUAUCGAAUCCUAUUUAGUG